AUGUCGUCGACGCCCCUGUCGCUGGCACCUGUCAGGAGCAUAAGGAGUAUCAGGAGUAUCAGCACCAUACGGACAGCAGCAGCAACAACAACCAGGACACCAUGGCGCCACGUAUCGUCUUCCUUUCUCGAGGGAUCUAAUCGACCUCGCGUUCCUCCAUUGCGCCCGACCACCCGGUGGACCUUUGAUUACCACUGCUGCAGGUGUCUAUCCACAACCAGGACCCUGCUCGCCGAGACCCCACACCCACUUGUUACCCCCAAGAUUUCUAAGUACAGAGUCGACUGCAACACAUCUAAGGUCAUAAAGCGGAGGAAGAAGAAAGGGAACGAAGACGGGAAGAAGGCCAUCCCAAACGUCGUGCGCUCAAAGCCAGUCGCCAACCCCAAAAAGGUGCGCCAGGCAGCCGAGGCUGCGACCAGGGAUACCAUGAGGGAGAUGCGGGAAGCUGAAGCCUUAGCGGCAACUGCAGCAGGAGGAGGAGCACCACCCUCGGCCACGACGGUUCCACCACCGCCCAAACCUUCAGCGUCAUUUUAUGCACGGAAACCAUCGCCAUUGAAACCAGAGCUCAGUACAUCAACAUCAACAACGGCAAACACACAGUCUUCGACGAUCGAGCCCUCUGCAAAGGAGCCAGCACUCAGGACAUCAGAGGCUGUUGUGCCACAGUUGCCUCUACCUUCAUCGACACUCCCACAUGCACGUCGCAUACCAGCUGACCAACCAUUACCAGACUUGGACGCAGUAUUGUCGACACUAGCGGAAGCAAUUGCAACCCAACCCGCGCCAAUAUCGUCUGGAUGGAAUACAAGGUCACCCUUACAGUCAUACCGAUUGCCACUCCCAGAACUCACGGAUCAGUCAGAGGAAAGGCACCCAGCAUUGGACCCCUUGCCCAAAAUGGCCACGUCGAUCGAGCGGAGGCCGUCACAAGCUCCUCAGAGGAUCAAACGGAGCGUUUACAGGACUAUUCUCGAUUGGAGUGUUCACCCGACCAUUCAGCCCAAUGAUUUCAACACCUUGUCGGACAUUACGCAAAUCACGCCUCCACGCGCGGCACAUCCUGUCAAAUCGAACUCUUUCACUAAUGUUGCAGCUACUUCAGGACGGUCAGAGCGGAUCACCAAUACCUCUGUCACGUCCACAUCCACCAGCAUCAACGCCACUGCUGAGAGUACUUCUGACGAAGGAGUGGUCAAGAAGAGAUAUGCCUCUCGGAGAAGAAUCGGGUUCGACGACGAUGACGACCUCGACUUUAAACAACGAGCAUAUCAUUCUGGUCAAUCAACAAUCCAGGUUCUAGAUACCAUCGUGCACAACCGGAUCAACAAGAGUACCAACACUCAAGUCAACCCGUGGGAUAUUUCUGCAAUCAGGAGACAGAAGCUUGUCCCCAACAGCGAAACCGUUCCCAAGAGUGUCCUGUUGAAGAAUCCUGUUAUCGCUCGCGACCGAGAGGAGGAGAAGGAAACCUUAGAAACCGCCAAGGUCACAGCGUCAACCACAACAACCCCGAAGCCAUCACAGUCGGCUUUGCCAUGGAGGACACUUGACCACGGAGAUCGAACGCAGCAGAGAGCUAUCGUACUGCCAGAUCAGCCUCUGCUCGGAUCUUGGAUUGAUCCCCCAAGCAGGGAACCCGAAAAGAAGGCGGACUCAAAGGACAAGUCGACUUAUGGGGAAUACUUGUUUUCGCCCAAGUCUGUCCUCCCAGCACUCAGGACCGGUCUCAGGAAACCCUACGAGCUCCUCUAUACCGACUCUAAUAUCCAUCCAAGAAUAUCGCAGAUGGUUCUGGAGUGCGUGAAAACGGCUAGUGAGAUGGGACUGGAUGUUGUAAAGACCACCCCUGAGCGCUUGGAUACCCUACUUGGACACAGGUACCAUCAGGGAGUGUUGCUGAGGGCUUCAUAUCUUCCUAGGGCGCUGAUCAAGUAUCUAGGAGCCGUGUCUGAAGACAACAAGUAUGAUCUUCACUUUAUCCGAGGCACUGCCAAACCAUUUGACCGACUCGCAACCACUAGCAAUACCACCCACAUGAUCACGUCAGGAAUAGCAUCAACAAAAACACCUCGCGCUUCACCUCCGCCUGUUUGGUUGGUGUUGGACGAAGUCCAGACAGUCUACGACAUGGGCCAUACCCUGAGCACGGCCCACCAUCUGGGUAUUGAUGGCGUCAUUAUCAAAGAGAAGGGCGCAGUGCUCCCAAAUGCUGCUGUCUCUGCCGUGAGCGAGGGGACAUUGGAGAGACGACCUGCUUAUGCUGUCAGGACCCUUGUUAAGUUCAUCAAGGAAUCUCAAGCAAACGGAUGGCAAGUGAUAGGGCUCAAAGCCGCCUACGGAUCCAAGCGCAUGAUGCCAUUCUACAGAUUCCCCAAACACGGGGUCGAUCAACCUACUAUCCUGAUCGUCGGCGGGUCCGGGGUUGGGAUCACCAAGAGCGCAGAACGGCAGUGCGACAGUUUUAUUCAUGUCCCUGGGUUGUCACAUACGGCUAUGGCGUUCGGGGAGGUUGCUUCAUUGCCCGUCCCGGUCAUUUCGGGGAUCGCCAUUUCUAAAUUGGUCGGUGGUAGAAUGACUGCUGCAGCUGGCAGUGAUGGUAGUGAAAGGAAGGUAGGAGGAGCAGAAGGUUUCGAUAGCGAGAACGACGAGCCUAUUCCUUGGGUUGGAAGUCUACCCGAUUGGGAGGUCCCAAUGCUAAAAUCGAAAGGAAAGGGCAACCAAAUCAGCCAUACCAGGAGCGACAUUAGACGCUAA